CAAAGGCUCGAGCGCUUCAUCGAGCAGUCGUCUCUCAGUCUCGACACUUUCUCUCAAGUUUCAGUGCGAUCGCAGCUCUGGUCGUCGCCGUCGUCGCCGUCGUCGGUAUGGCGAGCACCCGGAUGGCUGAGCUCCUGAUGCUCGCGCUCGCGGCUCUGUCGAUCUGUAACGCCGCGUCGAUCUUCCGUCCGGUCUCGGAUUCUCACCGAUCCGCCGCUCUCGAGCUGUUUGCGCCCGUCGGUGGCUCCUUUGCGAGCUUAGAAGAGGCGUAUGAGGCAUUACGGACAUUCGAGAUUCUCGGAGUUGAGAAGCAGGGUGAUGUGAGCGCCGCCACUUGUCCGUCCGUCACAUCGGUUCUUGGAUCGUCUUCAGCUCCGAAAGAGUUGUUUUACGCCCUGAAAGUUAACAGCAUCUUGAAAUGCAAUGUGGACGAUGCCUCGUUUGAGGUCGUUGCAUCAAGACUUAAAGCUGUUUUGAGUGAUGCAAGUUCGUUACUUGACUUCUACUACUCAAUUGGUGGACUUGUUCUAAUCAAGGAUCAAACUUCUAAUGUUGAAGUUCUUCUUGGUGAUGCUGAAGGAACUUUUCAGUCGAUCAAGGCUCUCAGCCAGAGUGAUGGAAGGUGGCGCUAUAGUUCUAGCAAUCCUGAAUCUAGCACGUAUGCUGCAGGAUUGGCACUUGAAGCACUUGCCGGUGUCAUUUCGUUGGCUUCACCUGAAAUCAAUCAGUCCUUGAUCCGCACAGUCAGGAAUGAUAUAGUGAAGCUUUUCGACAGUAUUGAAAAAUAUGAUGAUGGGACCUUUUACUUUGAUGAGAAAGUUGUUGAUGCACGUGAACAUCGAGGUCCGCUUUCAGUAACCUCAUCUGUCAUUCAAGGGCUAACAGCAUUUGCAUCUGUGACUUUGGAAAGUAUAACUCUUCCACAGGACAGAAUAUUGGCUUUAGCUAAAUUCUUCCUUGGGAUUGGAAUUCCUGGGGAUGCCAAAGACUUGUUCAAUCAGAUUAGUUCAUUAGCCUGUUUAGAAAACAAUAGGGUUUCCAUCCCCUUGAUUUUAUCACUUCCAAGCACAGUCCUUUCUUUGACAAAGAAAGACCAGCUGAAGGUUAAGGUAAAUACUGUGCUCGGUUUGAACUCUCCUCCCUUGAAAGUGAAGCUGAUUCGAGCUUUCAGCUCGGUUUCGAGAGAUGUUCCUGUUAUUGAGAGUCAGGAACUCAAGUAUGAUCCGGAGAGCACAUUUCACAGCUUGGUAUUGCCUGAGACUGUUGAUGUGGGAAGUUACAUCUUUGUUUUUGAGCUGGCACUUCAAGAUUCAGAGGAUGGGAAAACCUAUGCUACUGGAGGCCAAACUCAAAUCCCUAUUUAUAUUACUGGAGUCAUGAAAAUCAAGAAUGCUGCAAUCGCAGUGCUUGAUAGUGAUCUUGGGACUGUAGAUACCCAGAAAAGCCUUAAUCUGGAUCGAGAAAAUGAUGUCUCAUUGUCAGCGAAUCACCUCCAAAAGCUGCGACUUUCCUUUCAGCUGAGUACUCCACAUGGUCAUACCUACAAGCCUCAUCAGGCUUUUCUCAAGUUGAAACACGAGACAAAAGUUGAACACGUAUUUGUGUUGGGGAUCUCGGGAAAACAGUUUGAAUUGGUCCUAGAUUUCCUGGGACUGGUUGAGAAGUUCUUCUAUCUCUCUGGUAGAUAUGACCUUCAGCUAACUGUUGGUGAUGCUGUUAUGGAGAAUUCUUUCUUGUUGCCCAUUGGUCACGUCGAGUUAGAUCUGCCAGAGGCUCCUGAAAAGGCACCUCGCCCUCCUCUGCAGCCAGCUGAUCUCUCUUCAAGAUAUGGUCCCAAAGCGGAGAUUGCCCACAUCUUUAGAAGUCCUGACAAACGUCCACCUAAAGAGCUUUCUCUUUCUUUUCUGGGUCUUUCCCUCCUGCCAUUCCUUGGGUUCUUGGUGGGGUUAUUCUGCUUGGGGGUGAAUUUGAAGAAUUUCCCUUCUUCGGUUUUACCUGCCACAUUUGCCACACUAUUCCACGGUGGCAUUGCAGCAGUUCUGUUGCUCUACGUGCUUUUCUGGUUGAAGUUGGAUCUGUUUACGACGUUGAAGGCCCUUGGUUUCUUGGGGGCAUUCCUGAUCUUUGUCGGACACAGGACCCUAUCUCACCUUGCCUCGACAUCAGCUAAGUUGAAAUCGGCCUAAUAGAAGUCUCGAAAUAUUCCAGGAAUAAUCGAUGGAUAGAGGGAACAUGUAGUUUGUGUGAUGGAUACUGGAUAGGAGAGCUAUUUAAAUUUUGCAGGCCUCAUAUAGUUAAAAAUGGUGCUGAUAGGACAAAGCCGUUCCUGAAUUUUUCUUUCUUUACCCAAUUAUUACGAGGAACAGCAUCAUGUAGUUUUGACAUUUUUGUAACUUUUAGGCCUCGAAGGAUAUAAGGAAGUCUAAAUAUGGCGGACCCCAAGAUUGGCCACUUUUUUGUAA